AUGACUCAACCUCUCGACGAAGAAAAAGGAGCCGGCUCACCCCCGGUCAUCCACCCGUUGUCCACUGAGGCAGAGUCUCCGCCCAGAUCAUUGAAUGUCGUCGGUCGUCUGAAUGACCGCCUCACGUCACUGAAGCUGUUCGAGUCGCGCGGCAUUGAACGUGUUCCCCUCGAUGAGCGUCAUGUUGUGACAGCCGCCGAUUACUUGCAAAUGACAUUGUUGUGGUUCAGCACAAACAUCACAGCUAAUAACAUGGCAAUUGGCAUGUUAGGUCCGCUGGGCUUUUCACUGGGCUUCGUUGACUCCGCUUUGUGCGCGACCUUUGGGGCGCUGCUUGGAGCUGCGGGCGUUGGUUACAUGGGAACCUUCGGUCCUGCCAGUGGUAACCGGACUAUGGUUAUCGCGCGAUACUUUAUGGGUUACUAUCCCAGCAAAAUUGCAUGUCUGCUGAACAUCGUCAUUAUGCUCGGGUACGGGAUGAUCGAUUGCCUGGUUGGCGGGCAGGUUUUGUCUGCUGUUGCUGGUGGCCGUUUGACGGUUGCGGUCGGCAUCGUGAUCAUCGCGCUCCUAACAUGGAUAGUGGUCAUUUUUGGUAUGGGACUAUUCCAUAUUUACGAAAGAUGGGCUUGGAUUCCUCAGCUCAUAGCUGCAUUUGUUCUCGUGGGCAGCGCGGGUUCGAAAUUCGACACUUCAAUCGUCUCAGCCGGCUCAGCAACGACCAUUGCCGGAAACCGCCUUUCCUUCUUUUCAUUAUGUCUAUCUGCUUCUGUGGCAUGGGCUCCGGCGGGUGCUGAUUUCUUUGUCUACUUCCCACCCACCACUUCCAAGUGGAAGACGUUCUUGAUGACUUUCCUCGGCGUUGGGUUGGCUCUCACCUUUGCUAACCUGCUCGGUGUGGGUCUCGCUUCGGGAACAACCACCCAUCCAUCUUGGGCCAGUGCCUAUAACACCUCAUCCGGAGCCCUGGUUGUCGCCGGAUUCGAUGGUCUAGGCGGCUUUGGAAAAUUCCUCAGCGUGCUUGUCGCGCUAGGUCUUGUUGCCAACAAUAUCCCCGGUACCUAUGCAGCAUCGCUUGGAUUCCAAAUUAUGGGUCGCUAUCUCGCGCAGAUGCCACGUUGGUUCUGGUCUUGUGUCGGUGUUGUCAUAUAUACGGCUUGUGCACUUGGUGGAAGGAACCAUCUAUAUGAAAUCUUCGACAACUGGCUGUCGUUGAUGGGGUACUGGGUCACUAUCUAUCUGAUGAUUGCAGUGGAAGAGCAUGUCUUUUUCCGUCGAACUAGGGGAUUCAACUGGGAUUUGUGGGCAGAUCCCUCCAAAUUGCCAAUGGGUAUCGCGGCACUGGCAGCUUUCUUGAUUGGAUGGGCAGGCGCGAUUGUCUCUAUGGAUCAGGUUUGGUAUGUUGGACCUAUUGCAAAAAUGGUGGGUGCCCAUGGGUCAGAUCUAGGUAUCUGGGUUGGUAUGUCGUGGGCAAUGCUGGUAUUCCCGCCGCUGCGAUGGUGGGAGUUGAGAACCUUCCAUCGUUGA